AUGGCGGCCGGUUCUGGGGCUGCAAGCGGCCACGGAGCCCGCAGCUCUACCGCUGCUCUGGAAGCGUCUUUGGACCGGCGGUUUCAGGGAGUAUCCAACACUAUGGAGUCAAUACAGGGACUUUCGACCUGGUGCAUUGAAAACAAGAAGCACCACGGCCUCAUCGUUCGUUAUUGGAUGAAGUGGCUCAAGAAAUCUGACAAUAAUCAUCGCUUGAAUCUCUUUUACCUUGCCAAUGAUGUGAUUCAAAACUGCAAAAGAAAGAACGCCAUUGUCUUUCGUUCAGCCUUCGCAGAGGUCCUUCCUAAUGCUAUCCUGCUCAUCAAAGAUGGAAAGGUACGCAAGUCAGUGGAGAGGAUCUUUUCAAUUUGGGAGGAGAGGAGUGUUUAUCCCGAGGAGGUCAUCGCCCAGUUCAAAGCCAGCUUCAACAAAAAGGAAAAGGAGCGAGAGAAGCACAAGGAAAAAGAAAAGGAGAAAGAAAAGGAGACUCCACCUGCAAUUGCCCCAACGAACACCAAAGCUGCCCUCAAGUCCAAGAUCGUAGCGGAGUUCACACCUCACUCCCUCAUUGAACAGUUGUCGAAGUAUAAGAGAGCAGUUGCAGAAGAAGAGUUCAGAGAGAAGCAGCUGGCGGCUCUCAGAGUGGAUGUCUGCAGCACAGAGGCCCUCAAGAGACUUAAAGACAAGGCAGGAGGCAACAAGUUUGCUAAGGACUUUGAGGAUGGCAGUUUGAAGCUGCAGGAGUUUGUCAGCUUCCUGGAGAAAGAGUUGAAAACAGGGCCUCCUCUGCUGGAAGCUUUGGGAAACGCAGACAUUUUCUACGAGAUGCAGUACAAGGAGGUUAAGAUUGUGGCCAAUGCAUACAAUGCCUUUGCCAGCCGUGUGGCCAGUCUUAAAAGGAAAUUGGAUUCCCUCAAGUCGACUCUUCCUGGACCUGAGGACUCCCCCAUUCCCUCGCCCUCCGAAGAUGCCCCCUCCCCGACUGGCUCUGAUUCACCCUUCCUGGGACUGGGAGCUAGCAGAGCCCAGGUGGAUCCAGAGCUGGAUGGCAAGGCCAUGGAUGAUGGAGAAAUACCAAGUGACAACAGAGACAUGGAAGACAUGGAUAUGUCUGAUGAAGAAGCUGACGCAGCAGGGGAUGAGAAGAAAGACAAGGCCUCCGCUGCUGUUUCCAAGGCUACAAAGUCAGAUGCAUCGUCAAAGCUUCCAACUACUCCUACGAAAGCUUCCAAGACAAAUGCUACCACUGCUGCCACAGCCACUCCAGGAACUCCCACCUCUGCUACUGCUCAAAGUACUCCAACCACCCCGCUAGGAGUCAACCUGGCAAAGGUGGACUUGGGAAAGAUCAGCUCCAUUCUCAGCUCCCUCACAUCGGCCAUGAAGAAUACAGCAGCUAGUCCAUCACCUCGGCCAUCGCCUGGGACUCCCACCACCCCCUCUGCCCAAUCGACAGCCUCUAAAGCAACCCCUCCAAGCCCUGCCCUGGCCAGCAUCCUGUCACGUGUUGACAUCACACCUGAAGGCAUACUCAAUGCCCUGUCUAAAACAAACACACCAGGUUUGUCCUCUCUCCUGCAAAGUGUGACAAACACUGCCUCCGCUCCUCCCACCCGAACCUCCCCAGAAUCAUCCACAGUGAAAACCCCACUCACCCCAACCACGCCAAAAACAAAACCCAGUCUGGGGAACAACCUCAAACGAGACAUGCCCGGGAGAACCAGAGACUGGGAGAAAGAGUUACAGCUGUCCCCUCCUCCCCCACCCCCUCCUCGUUCCUCAGCUCCUUCUGUCUCUCCCCCCAGCCUAGAAUCAAAAAUCAACAGUUUCUUGCAGGGUAAUCCAGGUUUUAGUCUUGCUCUAGGUGAUGUAAGUCCUGACGGGGUGGAUGGGACCCCAGUGAGAGAUGAGGCUGCUGGCACGCCGACCCAGGAUGAGAUGAUGGACACACCUGGGAGUGUGCCAGAAUCUCUAGGGUCUUCUGGAGGUCAUAACCUCUCACCCACAGCCUACCGCAGCGAACCCUGGGACGCGGUGAUCACCCCAUCAGGAAGUAACAACGAUGGAGACUUUCUGGGGUCCUCAUCUUCACGAUAUGGAGCUGGGAAGAAGAACAGCGCAAAAUUAAAGGAAGAUGAAGCAAUGAAUGUAAGGAGGCAGGUCUCCUCCUCCCCCAGUAAUGACAUGAAGGGUAAGAAAGAUGGACAUCACAGUCAGUUAAGGAUGAUGGGCAUCAACAGAGCGAUGGGAGAGAGGAGACUCUCGGCAAGCUCUCGUAAAGCAAGCACUGGCUCAGAUGACGGCGGGCUGAGCGGAAAAAGGGAGGAUAAGGGGAGAGGUCAAGAGUCUCCAGGUGGGGAUGGGAAGGAGGGUCAGUACCAUCGUAUUGAGACUCUAGUGUCGCCCUGCACCGAAGGGGCACCCAUUCAAACUCUAGGCUACUCGAACCGGCCUCUCACCGGAGAGCGUAUCAAGACGGUGGAGAGCAUCCGCGUGAUUGGCCGAGGCUCUCGGCGAGGGGGAGGUGCUGGCGGCCGGCCAGGCGGAGUGAUGUGGUAUGAAGAGGAGGAAUACAUGGAAGCUCAGCCUCCCUCACCCCAUACUGUCCCCCCUCCUCUUAACAUUGGCCAGGGCGGCACUGAGGACAUGACCCCCUCCAUGCCUCCUCCUCACCCACAACUCCUCCUCCCUCAUCUCCACCCUCCUCCGUCCCACCCUCAUUCACAUCCCCCUCCCCAAGCUCAGUUCCAAAUGCCCUACCACACAGAGAAUAUCCAGACCCCUCCUCCAUCACUACUCCACCAGCAUCCUCCUCCUACAUCUCCUUUCUUCAGUGGUCCUCCACCAAUGCCCCGCCCCCCUCCGCCCCCCAUACCACAGCGCCCUUCCCCUCCACCUAACCACCCUGUCGUGCCCUCUGCAGUCAUGGUGGGAGGAGUGUUAGUCCCUGUUGACCGUCCUCUAUCUCUUCCUCCCCCAAUUAGACCUGAAGGUGGAGAGCGAGGUGGAGUAGGGCCCAGAGGAAACAAAGUGGCCCCUCCACCCCUCAUGACAUCGUUGCUAGGCGAGCCCCCUCAGCUGCCCCGUCCUGGCACAGUUAAAGAGGCUUUUGUACCACGUCAUGCACCCCCUCUCCACCGCCCAGGUACCCCUGGUGUCCCUCCACCUUUACUGGGCAGAGUGAAGGAGCCUUUAAAUCUACCUCUUCCAUCCCCCUCUCCCUCUCCCACAUCCUCCACAACCUCUCCCUCCACGCCUAAUUCCCCUGCAGUCGACACUGCACCCACUCGCCUUUCGGCUCAAUCCGCUGCCCCUCCCCUCCAGAAAGCCCCCACUAGUCCUCCAGCUCAACCCCGCACCCAAACCUCUAACCCCGUUCCCCUCCUCAACUUGCCCACCUCUCGGCCCCCAAUCCUCUCGGUCCCCAUCUCACAGAGACCUCUUCUGCGAGGCCGAACCCCCUCUCAGCAGCUAAAUCAAGAUCCACCCAUGGGCGGGUUUCGUGGGGGCAAGCGGCCCGGUCCUCCAUUCACAGGUGGUCCAUUCCAUCAUGGGCAGAAGAGACCCUUCCUCCCCCCACGCUACUGAAGUGGUCAUCUAUGACAAGC